AUGUCUCAUCUCCAGUACUUCGACUACGAAGGGUUUGGACAACGAGUUAGAAAGGACACCCACUAUAGCCAGGCAGUCCGAAUUGGCAACAAACUUGAAAUCUCUGGUCAAGGCGGAUGGGAUCGCAUUACCGAACAAAUCCCUAGCGAUCUAGGCAAGCAGAUUGAUCAAGCAUUUGCCAACGUCGAGCAUACCUUGCGACAAGCUGGCGGGAAGGGUUGGGAGCAGGUGUACAAAGUCCGCGCCUUCUGCGUGGAUAUGCCCAUCGAAGAGGAAAUGGCUGGGCAUGUCAUUCGCAAUCUUCGGCAAUAUUGUCCGAAUCAUCAACCACUUUUGACUGCUGUCGGUGUUCCGGCUCUGGCAUUUCCGGCCAUGCGCAUUGAGAUUGAAGUUGAAGCACACCUGGGUUUUUGA